GGCAGGGGGCAUUCACUAACCAACACACACCAGACAACACUUUCAGAGAGAGAGACAGAGAGAGGAAGUUGGACUAACAAACACAGAAAGUCCACGGAACCAUGGAUGAUGUAUCACUCCACCAGGAGGAUUCUGGGAACGACCCAACAGCCAACCAGACAGAGGACAACAAAAACAAUCAGACAGAGGAAGAGGCUUCAGUGCAGGAGUGUGACCCCCCUAAGAGAGACCACCUGGCGGAGGACACAGUGGAAGGUCAUGGGGUUAAGUCUGGGGCUAAUACGGCUAAAGCUCCAGAACAGGCAGCAGGGGCUAGCAUUGGAAAUGUAGAGGAGUCUCAGCCAGUAACCGACGCCAAUGAGGUAAAUGGUGAAGAGGCUUGUAAGGGUGAGGAGGGGCCGUCUCAAGGUGCAGACACUGGAGAAACAGAAGACCCCAAAGUGGUGAACGGAGAGAAGAAGGGGGAGGGAGAGAAGGAGGAGGACAAGAAUAGAAAGGGGCAAGAGGUGGUCAAGAAUGGAGAUAUUGAGAAAGAGGAUAUGAAAGAGGACAAAGAGAAGGGGGGAGAAAAUAUUGCCAGGAAAAAGGGGAAGGGGGAAAAGAUAGGAGAGGGAAAAACAGAAGAGAAGAGAAAAGGAGAUGAAGAGAAGGGGAAAGACAGAAAAGGAGAGGGAGGGAAGGGAGAGGCAGGGAAGGGAGAGGCAGGGAAGGGAGAGGCAGGGAAGGCGCCAGAGAACAAGAGCAAACCAGUAAAAGAAAAGGAAGGGGCAGGAGGAGGAAAGGUUAAAGAGAAAAGCAAGGACUCGGAGAAGCAAGGGAAGACAAAAAGAAAGAGUGGCGUGAGUCCCACCACCUCUUCCCCAUCCUCUGUGGCCCGACCACGGAACUCUGCCCGUUCUGGCCGGGCAUCCACUAAAAAUGACAUCAUAGCAAAGUUCCAGCAAAAUGCCCCUGAGACACCGGUUGUCCGCAACUUCAAACUUCAGAGAUCAUCUAUGGCUGUGGCAAACGGGGCGACAAUCAAACAGAAAGUGCUUUCAUGGUGUCAAAACAAAACCCGCAAAUACGAGGGUGUUUCCAUUGAGAACUUCUCAUCAUCAUGGUGUGAUGGGCUGGCAUUCUGUGCGCUCAUCCAUCGCUUCUUCCCGGACGCUUUUGACUUCUCAGCCCUGAGCUCAUCUGAGAGAGAGAAGAACUUCACCCUGGCCUUCAACACAGCAGAGACCAUGGCUGACUGCUGCCCUCUGUUGGAGGUUGGUGAUAUGAUCCUGAUGGGGAACAGCCCGGACCCUAUGUGUGUGUUCACCUAUGUCCAGGCCCUCUGUCAACACCUCUCCAAAAUAGAGAAGGAGAGGAAGGACAAGGAAGAAGAGGAGGAGAAGAGUGAAAAGAUGAAAGACGGAGAGGUAGAAACCACUACAGAGAAGAAAGAGGAGAUUGAGGAAACUGGGAAGAUAGAUGGUCAACAAGAGGAGGAGGAUGGGGAGAACGAAGUCAAAUAUGGGAAAGAGAAAGAGAGUGAGAAGAGAUCAGCGCUGGAGGGAGAUGAAGAGAAAGAGAGUGAGGAAAGAGAAGUUGGAGGGUUAAUUGAAGCACAGGCUUAAGCUAAUGCUAAAAGGACAUGGAAAAGACCAAAUGAGUGAGAUUCAGAGAGAUAAAUAAAUACUUUUCAAUUGAGCCACAUGAUGAAGUAUAGUUUUACAGUUUGGAAUACGACUAGUGUUUAGCGUGUAUGAGCAUAAUUUCUUAAAGAGUGACACAUUACUACUGUAUAUUCAAAAGCUGGCUUUGUGAUGGUUUGGAAUUAUUCUCAGAUUCCAACAAUGUGUGCAAAUUAUAACCUGUUGUGAUAUUUUAAACAAUAUUUAACACAUGCUGUGUUCUUUUCCAAUUUCAUUAUCAUGUUGUGGAAGUUUGUGAUAAAUAAAAUGUCAAUGUAUAUUA